ACUCCCACGGUCUCGAUUGAGUGCUGCCGUGGGAAGGAGCAGCUCGGCUGGGCUGGUCCCUGCCCCAGCAGGGUUUAAAUCCCAGCUGGGGGACCCAGCAGCACAGCCCUCUGACAGCAGCAUGAUGCCGGGCGAGCACACCCUCCUCCUGCUGCUUCUGGUGCUGUUUGUGGAGCUGCUGCCCACCCUGGCCCAGCAGCACCACACUGGGAAGCAGGGCACUGUUCCUGCCGUCACCCCGGCACCACAGCGGGCCCCACGGAGACACUGGCCCUCUGCCAUCCUGCCUGCCCCCCGAAAAGCGGGAGAGUGCCCAGCAGUGGGGAGCGGGUCCCCGCACCCCCCCAGGCUGUACUGCAUCUCCGAUCACGGCUGUCCCGGCGCCGAGAAGUGCUGCCAGAGCGGGCAGAUCAGGACGUGCCUCCUCCCCACCACAGAGAGCCCGGGCUACUGCCCCCGUGCUGGCAGCCUUGGUGGGGAGAGCUGCGGGAAGAGCUGCCACAACGACACGUCAUGCAGCCCUGGGGAGAAGUGCUGCACCCACGACUGCUGCGCCCGCUGCAUGCGUGCCGAGCCAGCCAAAGCUGGACUCUGCCCGCGGAAGCACGCCCGGAGGAUCCCUGCUGCCUGCCCCAACCGCUGCACCGACGACCGGGACUGCCCCGGGAACCGCAAGUGCUGCUUCUCCGGCUGCGGGUUGUCCUGCAUCCCCCCAGACACAGGGAGCCGCCGUGCCGCAGGGAAGCCUGGCGCGUGCCCUGUGGUGCUGCGGGGCUCCGUGGGACCCUGCCUGGAGCUGUGUGACACCGAUGGCGACUGCCCCGGGGCUGCGAAGUGCUGCACCACCAGCUGCGGCCACGUCUGCAAACCACCCACCGAGGCACGGCCUGGGCUCUGUCCCCCUGUGAACAACGGUGACCGGGCAUCCGAGUGCCUCCUCCUGUGCCUGCAGGACAAGGAUUGUCCCCCCGGCCAGAAGUGCUGCCUGCGGGACUGCGGUCGGGCGUGCGUCCCCCCACUGCGGGGCACAGCCUAGCCCUGGCCAGGGAGAGCUGCGCUGGGAGAUGCCAUUUUGGGUCUGCCCCCACCCUCCUGCCAUCGCACCCCCUUGGGUGAGCAGGACCCCUGCACCCAUCCCUGCGCCGGACCCUCUGCACCGCCAGCGAGAGGGCACCAGUACAGCUCUGAUGGGUCCUCCCUGAGGUCCAGAGCAUCCCCAGCUCCUUCCAGCCAUGCCACUGGGGGCUGCUCACUGCCCGUACCACCCCGUGCCAGGCCAAGGCUCCUGACAGCCUGGGCGUGGAGGCAAACCCCUGCAUCCCCGUCACCCCCUGAA